AUGGCAACGUCUCAGCAGCAGGAUUUGGUGUUCUUUAACGACAAUUCAUUGAUUUCAAAUGGAAUAUUAAAGUCCUCGUCGUCACACUGCUCGAUAAUUUCACAUGUACAAGGUACCUCUCCUACAUGGUUAAUUAAUUCGCUACUUGAAAAUUCAUUAAUUGGAACUGCUUGUCUUGUUAAUAACGAUCUUAAUAGAAAGAUUCCUGAUAGAUCAGAAGUUUAUUUUAUCUCAUUUUCCCAUCCAAAGGACUUUUAUAUCAAAAAUUGUAAGAAAAAUGGAUUAGAUCUAUCAUUAUUAUCGAACUUCAAAUUUAUUGACUGCUUUAGUGAUUUAUUUUUAAACAAGAUUAAAAACCCAAACAAAGCUUCAGGUGAAGUAUCCAAGUUAUUUGAAAAUAUCAUCAAUGAAAUUAAUGCCAGCGGUAAUACUAAUAAAGUUAUAUUUAUCGAAUCAAUAGAAAUCUUAUUAGCAGCUACCAAUAUUGAAAGUAAGGAGCUUUUGAAGCAAUGCUUCAAAAUAAAUAAAUUAUGUCGUCAACUAUUUGUGAUAGUAGCGCAAGACUACCCUCAGGUGAUUGAUUUAUCGGCAAGUAUACCUCAAGACUCGGUGUUUAAGAUUUCAGAUUUCUUACUGAAGCUCUACCAUAGAUCCCAAUUGAAUCUUAAUUUACAGCCAUUACCUACUGGAAGAGCAAAUGAUAUUACGGGUUGUAUAACAAUAUCAAAAGGAGCAAUUCCCUACGAAAAUAUUGAAGGCGUGGAAGUUAUCGAAAAAGAAUACAUUUAUUAUGUCAAUAAAGAAUCUAGUAUUAAAUUAUUUUUCCGCUAG